UACGUAUGAAACGUGAUCCGCGUCGGCCACCGUAGCGCAGUGACAACACGGCCAAGCACUUUGAUCGGACUUCGCCUGUGGCUAAGCUGUUAGCUCCGGACUAGCCUCCCAGUUAGUUGUGGACGCGGACUGUCCGGCUGUGCUAGACAGUUGACGGAUCCAAACGUCUGUCCAGGACUUGGAACUUGUACUCUGAGGAAGAUGAGGCUGAAGGAGAUCCAGAGGACUGCCCACCAGGCAUGGAGUCCUGCAGAGCACCAUCCCAUCCACCUGGCCUUAGGGACAUCCGCCCAACAGCUGGAUGCCUCUUUCAACACCACCGCUGCCCUGGAGAUAUUUGAGACAGACUUUUCUGACCCCUCUCUGGAGAUGAAGCUGAAAGGGUCAUUGCCCACCGCAAACAGGUUGCACAGCAUCGUGUGGGUGAACUUUGGAAUGGGAGCAGAUGGUACUGGAGGAAGACUGGUUGGCGGCAGUGAAAAUGGCGCAUUGACCAUAUAUAACCCAGAGGAAAUAAUGAACUCCGGACCGGAGACAGUUGUGGGACAGUCUGACAAACACACAGGACCCGUUCGAGCUCUUGAUUUCAACCCUUUUCAGAGUAAUCUGCUCGCAUCAGGAGCGAAUGAUUCAGAGAUAUACAUCUGGGAUCUAAACAACUUGGGCAGUCCAAUGACACCCGGAGCAAAGUCACAGCCUGCUGAAGACAUCAGUGUAGUGUCCUGGAACAGGCAGGUUCAGCACAUCCUGGCCUCUGCCAGCCCCAGUGGGAAAGCAGUGGUGUGGGACCUGAGAAAGAACGAGCCCAUCAUCAAGAUCAGUGACCACAGCAACAGGAUGCACUGUUCAGGAAUGCUCUGGCACCCGGAUGUAGCCACUCAAUUGGUGCUGGCCUCUGAGGAUGACCGACUGCCAGUCAUCCAGAUGUGGGACCUCCGUUUUGCAACAUCACCCCUCAAAGUCUUUGAGAACCACACAAGGGGAAUUCUAUCCAUAUCCUGGAGCCAAGCCGACUCCGAGCUCCUGCUGAGUAGUGCUAAAGACAACCGGAUCCUCUGCUGGAAUCCAAACACUGGAGAGGUCAUUUACGAGCUUCCAACAACAAACCAGUGGUGUUUUGACGUCCAGUGGUGCCCCAGAAAUCCAGCCCUGCUUUCAACAGCAUCAUUUGAUGGGAGAAUCACCGUCUACUCAGUGAUGGGCGGGAGUUUGAAGGCUCAGCAGCAAAGCACGGCUGAGAAGAUAUCCUCCUCAUUUGAUUCAAUGGAUCCCUUCGGUACAGGGCAGGUGCUGCCUCCCCUGCACGUCCCUCAGCCUGCAGCGCAGGACACCAUCGUUCCUCCUCUGAAGAAGCCACCCAAGUGGGUGCGCAGGCCAGUGGGAGCGUCCUUUGCUUUCGGUGGAAAGCUGAUAACCUUUGAGAAUCCCAAGAUGCCUCCAGUGCAGAGCCCCCAGCCCAUCCCCAGGCAAGUGUUUAUGAGCCAGGUUACCACGGAGACGGAGUUCCUUCAACGCUCCAGGGAGUUGCAGUCAGCGCUGCAGGCGGGUUCGUUCAACAACUACUGCCAGGCCAAGAUUCAGAACGCCAAGUCAGAUGCUGAGCAGGACAUAUGGAAGUUCCUUCUGGUUAAUUUUGAAGAGGAAGCUCGUAUUAAAUUCCUCAGACUUUUGGGUUUCAGCAAAGAUGAAUUGGACAGAAAGAUUUCAAAAUGCCUGGGGAAGAACUUUCAACCAAACGGACAUGGAGUAGAUGCCAAAGAUCUGGCAGAAAAGAUGCAGCGUCUCUCCACCGAGAGAUCUGAUGAAUUUGCAGGAGGUGAUUCGAGAACAUCAGGUUCUGUGUCUCCAGCAGACUUUUUCACUCAGACACCAAAGGAAACCUCCAACUUCCAGAUCCCUGUAUCAUGUGACACUGAUGGGUUGAUAAGCCAGGCGCUGCUGGUCGGAAACUUUGAGGGAGCUGUGGAUCUGUGCCUGAAUGACGGUCGCUACGCUGAAGCCAUCCUCCUCUCUAUCAGCGGAGGAGAAGAACUGCUCAAGAAAACUCAGCAAAAAUACCUAAGCAAGCAAAAGAACAGCAUUUCAAUGCUGAUAUCAUCAGUGGUGACCCAGAACUGGAGAGACAUCGUGCAGAGCUGUGAAUUGGACAACUGGAAGGAGGCUCUCGCUGCUCUCCUGACCUAUGCUCACCCUGAAGACUUUGCCCGUCUGUGCGAUACGCUGGGAGGCCGGUUGGAGCAUGAGGGGACGGAGAAGCGUUGCCUGCAGGCCUGUCUGUGUUACAUCUGCUCUGGGAACGUGGAGAAGCUGGUGGAGUGCUGGGCCUUGCACCGAGACUGCUCCUCCCCUCUGGGUUUAGAGGAUCUGGUUGAGAAGGUAAUGAUGCUGCGGAAGUCAAUCGAACGCCUCCGCAAUAGCGAGGUGGAAGUCCAGAGCCCAAUCCUGGCCGAGAAGCUGACCUGCUAUGCUGGCAUACUUGCUGCAGAGGGCAGUCUCUCCACCGCCAUGACCUACCUGCCAGAGAACUCAGAACAGUCUGGGAUCAUGAUGCUGAGGGACAGGCUGUUCCAUGCUCAGGAACAGCCUCCAAAUUCCUUCAACAGAGUCGAUGUGUCGACAGCCAAGCCGGCUCCUGCUGCUCAGACUCCUGCACCGAAAGCACAAAUUAUGGGUCAGUACCAGCCCUCUGCUCCUUCCCAAGUGGCUCCACAGCCUCCUAUGGCAUCGUUUUUUACCCCAAACGCUGCUCCAACCAGUACUGGGCCUGGUCUGCCCCCUUCCUCUCAUGUACUGCCGCCCAGUGCAGCCCACCCUGCCAGGAGGCCAUCCUACCCGCAACAUCCGGCUCCGGCUCCAGGUUUCCUUCCUCACCAGCCAUUCCAGCCUCAACCUAUGUCCAUGGGCAGACCCUCUUCUUUCCCUCCUCCGGGUCCUUCUAUGCCAGCUGCUGGCUUAUCUGGACCUCCACUACCGCCGUCGUCAUCGGCCCCGGGAGGCCUGCCCCCCAUGCCCAGCCCCGGGGUGCCACCAACAGCCUUCAUGCCGUCUACCUCUUUAUCCUCACACUUCAUGCCAACCAGCUCCCAGCCCGGAGCACCAGUUCCCAUGUACCCAGGGGGCCCCCACAACCAGGGGCCAGUAUCCCCCAUGACCUCUGGUCCCUACGCUCCUCUUGGAUCAGGGUAUCCACAGGGAGGCCCUGGAGCUCCUGCUGUAAAGCCCUACCCAGCCCCCACUGUUGCUCCUCCUCCUACAGGACAUUUUCCGUGGCUGUAUUCCCAGUGUGACCUUGAAGGACUUCAAGAAGGCUGGAAUGACCCACCCGCUGUCCGAGGUGGACUCAGGAAGAAGAAGGUCCCUGAUAACUACACUCCACCAGCACCCAUCACAGCCCCUGUGAUGGGAUACCCAGUGGAGGCCCCUCAGCCUCACGACCACGCCCAGGUCCCCCCCGGAGCCCCCCAGGAGCCCAGCGUGCAGCUCCUCCAGCAGCUGCCUGCGGAGAGGGUGGAGCAGAAAGAAAUCCCCGCUGAACACAUGGUCCUCAAAUCCACCUUCGACAGCCUGGUGCAGCGCUGCCAGCUCGCAGCAGGAGACCCUCAAACCAAAAGGAAACUUGAUGAUGCAGGCAAACGUUUGGGAUUCCUCUAUGACAAGCUGAGGGAGCAGUCGCUCUCUCACAACAUCCUGAACGGGCUUCACGAGAUCAGCCGCUGCGUGGCGAGCCAGAACUACCAGCGCGGCCUGGAAGUCCACACCCAGGUGGUCAGCAGCAGCAACUUCAGUGAGAUCUCCGGCUUCAUGCCCAUCCUCAAAGUGGUCAUGACCAUCGCCAACAAGCUGGGCGUCUAACCCCCUCCCGCCCCCGGGGGGACAACUCCACCAACCAGACUUCAGUGUUAUCAUAUUGUUAUAUAUGUAUUUAUUUCUUUUUGACCUGAUGACGUGCUUUGAAAACGAGAAAUCAAGAUGGUAUUGCAGAUUUGUGAUUUUUGUCACUCCAUACGUGCUCCUUUGCGGAGGACUCGGCUGAUUGGGGGGGCGAGGAGGGUUCUUGUAGAGAUGUGUCGAUGUUGCUGUGGUAAUUUUACGAAAAAAAAGAAAGAUGAAUGUACUCUGACAGUUGUGUUUCUGUGUAAAUUCAACAGUUGAUGUAAUAUACGAAGCAAGUUUGAAUCAAGGUGGCGUUUAUACGAGUAGAUGCAUUUUCAUAAUCCACGUUUGCGACACACCGGUGCUUAUUUCUCUUCUUAUCACGUUUGUGAUUGAAACAAAACGUCCGACACAAGCAACCUCGACCUCCACUGUCGGGAUGAGGUUAUAAAAUACUGUUGACUGAUUCAGAAUAAGACAUUAUCUUCGAUUAUGAUAUUUACCUUCGUUGCUAGUUAAAUAUUUCAUUCAUAUUUUUUUGUUAAUAUGUUACAGAGCAGAGUCUGGUUAUGAAUCAAACAGUUAAAUGAACAAUGCUACCAUAUAGAGUUUUGGUUACUUUCUUUCUAAUUUAACAAAAGCUACAACUCCAUUUUAUUUUGCGUUGUUAAGCAGUUGGCGAAUACUUUAUGCUUCACGUCGAUGUCACAAAAUGCAGUGAAAACUCCAAUAGGAUGCUAUAAUUGAAUUAAGAAGUAUCCAUGUCUUCAUAAUCUAAGGUCAGAAUACCCCACACAUCUUGAUUGCAUAUUCCUAGUAUGCCGUCAUUUGGGUUAAAUUGAUCAGAAAAUGCUGUUUAGUCUUACUCAGAUUAUUUGCUUCAUCGGGUUAGUAUCGUACACUGAUGUCCAUGUAAACUGUCUGAUACUUAAGUUCUUUUUACAGAGGGCGUGUCGUUGCACAACAAGCAUCAAAAGCAUUAAAAAAACCACACUGUAACAUACGUACUGAUUGUUCUCUUCACCUGCAGUAACCGAUUGUGUCCAGUUCAUUGUGCCAUGAGGGGGUGUUUUGGGUCAAAGCUCUGCAGAAGGAUGUCGCACUGAUCCCUGUUUCCUGAUAGUUUGUGUAAAUGGCUGAAUGUAAAUGAGUUUCCUCCUUUCACCCUCGCACCUGAUUCACUCCUCUGACUGCUGAGGUCACACGGCAGCUAGGGAACAAAAAAAAGAUUACUCUGAUUAAUGUCUGAACUGAAAAUGAAUUGACAUCCUUUUCUGUUAAAGAUGCUUUUUCUCCGGGCCGCCUCUUAUCCUUUGUAACUCUGAAUGACUUUUUUUUUUUUUAUUCAUACCGGCCCUAUAUCAGAUCAUACAACAUGAAUAAACUGUUAAAUGGAAUAAAAAAAAACGCUCUCGAGGUUUGUAGCUGGACAUUUUGGUGUAUCAUGGCAGCAGAAGGCAGUAAAGUGCCUCUGUGCUCAUUUUGGUUGCACAGAUAUUUAUACAAUCCACGUUGCUUACUUUACUCAUUUCGGUAUCUUUUUCAAAUAAAAUCCCUCUUCCAAGA